AUGGGUUACCGUGGCUUGGGUUACUUCAGCAGCAGAAGUCUUGACGGUACGGCAUGUUCCAGGCCCAGAAUAGCUGUUGGAAGGUUUCCUCCUUCGAGACGUGGAUAUGGCUUUGGUGCAGCUGGCACAGGGUUUGGCUACAGAGGUGCUGGAUUUGGCUACCGGGUUGGUGGAGUCUCCAGGCCAUGCGCUAUCACACCCAUCACCAUCAAUGAGCAACUGCUCCAACCACUCAAACUGGAACUCGAUCCCAAUGUGCAAACGGUGAAGCACCAAGAGAAGGAGCAGAUCAAGACCCUGAACAACAAAUUCGCUUCUUUCAUUGACAAGGUUCGAUUGCUAGAACAACAGAACAAGGUGCUGGAGACCAAGUGGAGUUUUCUGCAGGGUCAAAAACACUGCAGGAAUACCAUCACCCCCAUGUUAGAGGCUUCUAUUGGUAACUUGAAGAAGCAGCUGGAAUUACUGAGGUACAACAGAGACAAGUUAGAAACAGACCUGAAAGCAGCACAGCAGGUUUUGGAAACCAACAAGAAAAUGUACAAGGACAAAUGCAGCCAGCGGACAGGCACCGAGAAUGAGUUUGUUGCCCUGAAGAAGGACGCGGACUGUUUUUUCUUAAACAAAGCAGAGCUGGAGGCCAAGGUGGAAAGCCUGAAAGAAAAGGUUGAAUUCCUGAGAACGUUCUACGAAGAGGAAAUCCACCGGCUGCGGACCCAGAUCUCAGACACUUCGAUGGUGGUGCAGAUGAACAACAGCCGAGAUCUCGACUUGGAUGGUGUCGUUGCAGAUGUCAAGGCUCAGUAUGAGGACACUGCCCGCAGGAGCCGGGCAGAAGCACAAGCCUGGUAUGAAAACAAGUUUGAGGAGCUGCGAGUGACUGCAGGCAGAAACGCUAACAGCCUGCGAGAGACAAAAACCAAGAUAGCUGAGCUGACACGGAUAGUCCAGAGACUGAACAGAGAAGUCAGGAUCGCCAAGGACCGGUGCUGCAAGCUGGAAGCUUCGGUGGCCGAUGCUGAGCAGCGUGGGGAAACAGCCGUCAAGGAUGCGAAGCACAAACUCUCUGAGGUGCAGGCAGCCCUGCAGCAGAGCAAGGCAGACCUCGCGCAGCAACUCCAUGAGUACCAGGAGCUCAUGAAGGUCAAGCUGGGCCUGGACGUCGAGAUCAUCACCUUUAGGAAACUGCUGGAAGGAGAGGAGAACAGGUGA